AUGGAGAAGUUUGUGCUCGUACUGCUAUUCCUACUAGAUGUUCUGGUGUGUUUGGGGACCGGUCAGCACCACUUGCGCGCACGCGUGGGACCGUGGAGACACCGCAUUCAGUGGGAGAAUAACGGUCAGGUGUACAGUUUACUGAGCACGGGGACUCAAUAUCGCUCACCUGCGCAAAUCAGAAGACGCACUGAGCUCUUACUCACAACUAAAAACAAUUUCAACCGAGUUCAUCCGGUUGAGCUCAGUAGAUCCGCCAGAACCAGAUCUGGAGACCUCGAGGACGCAGCCCGUGGUCACCUUCAUCUGAACGACGUCAGUCAAAUGGAUGCGUCGGUUCUUGGUGCUGAUGCGGGUCAGUAUUUACUCGCCUCGGGAAGACCCGGGAUACACAGUCAGUCCCCAUCGCGCUUCGCAACCACCAGAGACGCUGUGGCUGGGGGAUACCGUUCAGAACCCGCACCAUCUAAUGCCAGCUCUGCAGCUUUCACCACCAUCCAGGAGUUCUCCGGCAGUGGAGUCCCACGAGGAGGCCGGAGUACACCUGGAGGCGACGCUCGCGCACAACAGGCCCCUGCGUCACCGGUAAGAUCACCGGACUUUACGCACAGCCAGGGCGGCAGGCUCAGAUCUGAGGGCUCUGAAUCAACCGCCCGGUCACCUGCCACAGCGGAAUGGGUCACCGUGGCUGAGGAUGGUGGGAAUGCACGUCGCACCCCGCAGCAAACCAGUUUAGGAGACGCACGCAGCAGCGCUCAAGGAGCGCAUUCGCUGACUAGAGUCACACCCGAGUCAAAUGCUUCUCCCACAGCGCUUUCCAGUAACGCCGUAGAAAUACACUUUCCUCGUCCGAGACCGGAUGCAACACGGAUUACGGACACAAGUGACCCACGGGAUCCGCACAGUAUUCAUCACAGGAACUCGGUUUUCUAUAACGUUUAUCCACCGGACCGCAGGAACAGGGUGACUGUGCGCCCUGCACCUGGGCCGGGCCAUGGCACCAGGUUCUUCCACAAUGGUCUCCCGGACUUGGUUCCCGACCCUUACUACAUCCAGGCUGCCUCUUACAUCCAGAGGGUGCAGAUGUACGCGCUCCGCUGUGCUGCUGAAGAAAACUGUCUUUCCAGGUCUGCGUAUCAUCCGAGCGUGAGGGACUUCGACUACAGAGUCCUGCUGCGCUUCCCGCAGCGAGUAAAGAAUCAAGGAACAGCAGACUUCCUCCCAGUGAAGCCCAGACAUGAAUGGGAAUGGCACAGCUGUCAUCAGCAUUACCAUAGUAUGGAGGCCUUCAGUAACUAUGACCUGCUGGACGUCUCCACUGGACAAAAGGUCGCUGAGGGACACAAGGCCAGUUUCUGUCUGGAGGACACGUCCUGUGACCCGGGAAUACGACGGCGCUUCGCCUGCACUGUUCACACACAGGGGCUCAGUCCUGGUUGCUACGACACGUAUCACGCCAACAUUGACUGCCAGUGGAUCGACAUCACCGAUGUGCCACCUGGAAACUACAUACUGAAGGUGACAGUGAACCCCUCGCAGCUGGUUCAGGAGUCAGAUUUCUCCAACAACGAGGUGCUCUGUGACAUCAGGUACACAGGAAGCUACGUCCAGGCAAGAAACUGCAGGAUCACUGUGUAA